AUGCCAAACGGCACAUGUCAGCAAAAGCCACGACCAUUUGAAAAGAUCAUAAUAGUAGGAGCAGGACCAGCAGGAUUACUACUCUCAAUUCUGCUGGCCAGAAAUCGCAUACCAUCAGUGGUACUAGAAUCGUGGGACCGAGUCGAUGAGAGACUACGAGCAUCGCAAUAUGGUGUGCCCGCAACGAGAGUUUUCCGACGAGCCGGUAUCCUCGAUGAUAUUCGGUCCGCAAGCAUAUCACAUUUUCCAACCAUCUGUUGGCGCAACGUGCGGACUGGCGACGUUCUCACUGGGAUCGAUCUAUCUGUGGUGAAAGACGAUGAGGAUCGUAUGGCAGUGUUGCCACUCUGCGAAAUCCUGCAAAUUAUGUUACGGCACUGCCGCGAAAAAUAUUCUGACUUCAUAACCAUACUUUUUAAUCACAAAGUUGUGGACAUCGGACAAGACUCCAAGAAAGCCGAGGCUGUAGUCGAGGUUGGCGGGGAAAGUGAUGCCAAAACCACGACGAUUUUUGAAGGAGAUUACAUCAUUGGAUGCGAUGGAGGACAAAGCAGUGUACGAAAGAUUCUUUUCCAAAGAAAUUGGCCCGGCGAGACUUUCAACAGUCGCCUCGUCGUCCAAAACUUAUACUACAAAGGUUUCAAGGAACAUGGUUGGGAAGGAGGCAAUUACAUGAUCGACAACGAAUUCUGGGGCCUCAUCGCAAAGAGAGCCAAAGCCAAAGGGCCAGAAGGGGAUCUCUGGCGGGUAACAUACGGUGACUCCGCCCCUAAUCUAUCAGAUGCAGAAUAUAUAAAACGCCGCGACCUAGCAUUUAAGAAGCUACUGCCUGGACAUCCAGAUCCCAGUCAGUACAAGGUGACGCAGACGAACCUAUUCCACAUUCACAAUCGAUGCGUUGAGCGGAUGCGUGUCGGCCGUGUUUUCCUUGCUGGCGAUGCCGCUCAUGUGUGCAAUCCGUUUGGAGGAUUCGGCUGUAUGGCUGCGGUUUUGGAUGUGGCUGGCCUUGCGGACUGUCUCAUCGGGUAUUAUGAAGGCAAGGCCGAUGAGGAUAUCCUUGACGCUUACGCAGAGAUCCGAAGGGAGAAAUUCUUGAAGUUUAUCGACCGCCGAUCAAGGAAGAAUAUGGAUCGAGUUUCUAAAACAGACGCGGACACUGCCCUUGAGACGGAUCCAUUUCUGGCAUUGCUCCAGGGCAUGAAAGGUGACGUUGAGGAGACGAGGAGGUUUCUACUUAAAGUCAGCAGUAUCGAAUUCGACUUUACCACAUUAUACAAGACCCCCUUUGCAUUGCCGAUGAACUCGUAA